CAGACCCCCCGAUUCCGCCUCUGGGGCUGGGAGCCUCCGCGUCUCUGUCUCUUCUCUCUCUGGGGCGCUGGUGGGGCGGCGUCCAUGGGCUCCGCUGGGCUCCCCCUGAUGCUGCUGCUGGUGGGGGCGCUGACCCGGAUCCUCGGAAGCGAAGGGGGGAAGGAGACCCCCGCCCAUUUCCUGGCCCAGUGGAAGGGCGAGUGCCAUUUCUCCAACGGGACGCGGCGGGUGCGACUCCUGCACCGGUAUAUCUACGACCGGCAGGAAAUCGCCCGCUUCGACAGCGACCUCGGGAAAUACGUGGCCGUCACUCCGUUGGGGCAGCCCGCUGUGGACCAGUGGAACAGCGAUAAGCGCAUCCUGCAGUACCUGAGGGCCGCCGUGGAUGCCUUCUGCCGAAACAACUACGGGGUUGCCCAGAGAGCUUCCGUGGUUGGCCGGAGAGCCAAGCCCACCAUCUCCAUCUCCCCCACCAAGCUGGACCCCGCUUCCCCUAACACCAUCCUCCUCUGCAUCGUGAGGGGCUUCUAUCCCAUGGAGAUCGAGGUCCGGUGGCUGAAGAAUGGGCAGCCAGAGAAGGAGGGUGUGGCCUUCGGGGAGGAGCUCCAGAACGGAGACUGGACCUACCAGCUCCAGGUGACGCUGGAGCCCCAGCCCCAGCGGGGGGACGUCUACACUUGCCAGGUGGAGCAUGCCAGCCUGGAGGCCCCGAUCACCGUCCAGUGGGAGCCCCGAUCCUCCAAUUCUGCCAGGAGCAAACUCUGGACAGGGAUCGUGGCAGCCGUGAUCGGGGUGAUCUUCUUUGCCAUGGGGCUCUCCCUCUACCUGAAGAGCAAGAAAGCAACUCCCAUCCAGCCACCUGCAACACUUGUGAAUUAAUCCUGCCGUCCUUCCUGAUUCCUGAUGGGAAAGGAAGUUUUUUUUUCCCAGUAGCUGAUGAAUUUCUGUCUUUCUUGCAAUGUCUGAAAAAUGGAGGCUCAAGAUUUUAGAUUGGGGAGAGGAGGAGAAUGGCAGCCUGGAGCUUCUGCUGCUGAGACCCCUCUGGCUUUCCUUUCAGGGCCUCCCUUUCUUGGUAGGGAGGAAGGGAUGUCUGUCACUCCAGACAUCCAACUAUGCUUUGAACCCACAGCAGCUUCAUCUCCAUCACUCUUCCUCCGAAUCCCUUCCCUUCCCUUUGCAGUAAAAGAAUAAAAUUUAGAUUGUAGGAAAA